AUGGUUGGAGACUUCCCCCUAAGCGAUAAGAUCGUCCUGGUCACAGGCGGCGGAUCAGGUAUCGGCCUGGCGUUCUGCAAACAGGCCCUCUCAUCGGGGGCAAGGGUCGUCAUUGCCGAUCUCAGACUCACCCCCGCCGCCGAAGAGCUCGCCGCAGCCAACAAGGACUCCGUCGCCUUUCUCAAGUGCGAUGUGACCAAUUGGGAGGACCUCGAGGCUGUCGUUCCCUUUUCUGAGACGACAUUUGGCGACGUUCCCGACGUCUACGCGGCGAAUGCCGGCAUCGGCGAGAAUCCUCGAUCAAGUUUCUGGGGGGAUUCUGAGACCGGCAAAUAUACCGUACUCGACAUUAACCUCGUCCACCCCAUCAAGCUCACGCGCAUAGCCAUCCGUACGCUUCUUGGCAAGAGGAAGAAGGGCGUUGUCGUCGUAACAUCGUCCAUUGCCGGCACGAACGGCCACUUUGGCACGCCCCUAUACAGUGCCAGCAAGCACGGCGUCGUCGGCCUCGUUAAGAGCCUGGCCAAGGCGGAGCAAGAGGCCAAUGUCAAGGUUGUCUGCGUGUGCCCAGGGCUUGUUGCAACCCCGUUGCUGCAAGGUGUCAUGGAUGGCAGUGCCAAUGUGAGUCCUGAUUCGACCUUGAUGGAGCCGGCAGAAAUAGCCUCCAGGAUCAAGGAGCUAGUCGAGCAGGGCAAGUAUCCUGGUGGCACGGCCCUCGGGGUGUAUAGGACAGGCGAGGCGGAGGUUGUGGAUGACGGAUCUCACAGUUUGCUCGAGGAAAUGGCACCGACUGAUCUGGGUAGCAUCCGGAAGAUAAUAGAAAAGGACGGCUCAUGA